AUGAAGAAGCUGGCCAGACAGUUUCAAAAUUCUGAAGAUGAAAAGUUCCGUCUCCCAACCGUCGACGAAGAUCGUCCGAUGGAAAUCAACGAUCAUAUUCACGAGUAUGAUUAUAGAUUGCUAAUGUUACUGGAUAGCGUCAAACUCCAUAAUGCACUUUACUUUAAAACUCGGUAUCAUGCUUACUUCAAGGACUAUGUUGAUUCAUGGAUGAUAAUAACUUCAGACUGGGUAGCUAUAUUGGCUUGUUCAAUGGCCAUUAUGGGUCUAUUCAGUUAUUCAAAGGAUCACAAAAAGUGGAAACGGUAUUCAUGCUCUCUUGAUCUUGUGCUUGCAAUUUUCUGGAUAUAUCAUCUGCUGAGAAUGCCAAAAUUCCGUUGGGAUGUUAUCUGGCUUCCACUCGGGCCCUUAUGCGGUGCUGGGGUAUGUCUCUAUGUCGACCAUGUUCUUUCUGAAUCGUCAGAAGAAGUAAGAAAACUCAUGUAUGCUUUCAAAGCCGGCUAGUAUCAGACCCCACUGCUAGAUUGUUUAGCUGGAUCGAGUAAAGAGGUUCAAAGAAAGUAUGUCUGCUGUUGUAGUUUUGCAACCGAGAACUUAUCCUCACUUAUGUGCAGUCUGCAUUAUUAAGAGUACUGCCUGCUCACCGGAGUUGGUGAU